AAUAGACGAGCUUGAUACUCCUAUGCUACCAAGCUCCGCAUCGAAUGGGCUGAGAACUCUGAAUCGACCGGGAGUAGUUGACGAUUAGAGGAUCCGGGUUGGAAGUACUUUGUCCGUCGUUCGAAUGUCAUUGAAAUAACAUUGUUCCUGGAAACGUUAAAACGCGAGAGCACUAAUGUUUGUCUGACGCUUAUAUUGUCUAGUCUUCUUUCUCGCUUAGACAUGAAGUUUGCAGUGACUCGUAGCCGGUAUUAUAUAUUGAUGGCUAGCCAACAGUCACAAUAGGCAGGGAGAAUAAUUGAAACAAGGAGAUCAAGUCGGAUCAUGCUGACGAUGAAUGUAGAUGAAGAAGGUUAAUCUUGUGCGGCCAUAUGUGGUUCAGAUUGAAAGUGCAUAGAAGCCCAGCAUGUUGCACGAGGAGCGAAUGGCAUGUGCUGGGCCAGUUUGCAACGGCAGUCUGGCUGUGGCACCAUUUGCACCUGGAAUCAUCUGACUGGCAUUCAUUACAUACUACCGUUCCCCUGUCCUGGUGCAACACAGUAAAGGGACUAACACCCUCAUGUCCAAUACAAGACUAUAAUAAGUUGCUGUCCCAUUUCCAUGACAUUCGAGAAUAAUUAAUAUAAAUGAUUCCAAACAUUGUCAGCUUAGCUGCCUGCAAUGGCUACAAGAGUGGUUUUGAUGGAUACAGUAUUGACCAUUCGAAUUAACCUACAUCAAGACCACUGUCUGAAAGACGAGCGUCCUAGAGCUUGCUUAAAGCGACAGAAUUCUCCCUAAACCUUGGGUUGAUAAAGCAAGGAUGUCCGCCAGAGAAUACCUAUAAUGCUAAAUCGGAAGUGAGAGAUGCAUCAGAGGAACAGUUGACACCAGACAAUGUCAGCCCAACCCAUGUGGCCUUUAGCAAAUGUGUAGGCAUCGAUUGUUGCAGUGAGUGGCCAUCCACAGCCGGACUCAUACUAUUUUUACCAAGUCGAUAUGCCGUGGAAGGUUCGGACUGACGUGUUUGUCCGCGAGACAGAGAGACUAUUUGAAACAGAUAUACUCCGGAAGCCGUCUCCGACCAGGCCCGGUCUUAUGACUACUGCAAUUAUCCAGUCAGAGUUCACACGCGGG